AUGUCGAAGGUUUUCACGGUACUGGUUUUUUGUGUGAUGAUUCUCCACUUCUUUGUUUCCGCGUAUCGCUACAGGCCUUGGACAAAGUCAUCAUGUGAUGAUAAUAAGGUGUACAGAACUGGAGAUUCAUGCGAGCCUACCUGCUAUGGCGCCUCUACAAUCUGCCCACGGGAGGUUAUUUUUGACUGUCUCUGUGACAAAGGCACCUAUCGCACCCUUGACGGCAAAUGCGUUCUCGACUGUUCGGAUGAUCGAUUGGCGAGAACAUUUUCAAUCUGUGGCGAAAAUGAGGUGAUCGGAACUGGAGAUUUAUGCGAGCGUAGCUGCUAUGUCAAUAUUGAACACUGCCCACCGGCACAUGAACAUGCCUGUAUCUGUAAGGAAGGCUUCUAUCGCACCCUUUUCGGCAAAUGCGUUGCCGACUGUUCAGCCGAUGAGUUCUUUGGUCGUUGA